GCCUGAAUUGAGCGUCAUGUGACCUAGGAGCCGAGUAGAAGAAGGACCAAACGGCAACAACAAAUAUGGAGAUAUCUCCGUUCAGCUUUACACCGGAGAGAUACUGGACGGAAGAGAAAGAGAGGGCGCUCAUAGCGUUCUUCUCCAAGCACAGCUGUCUGUGGAACCACAAGUCAGAGAGCUAUAAGAACCGACAGCUGCGAUGGAAAACCCUGGAACACCUGCGGAUACUCCUGUCAGCUCACCCCCCACCUGUUCCUUUCACAGUGGAAGACAUUAAGAACAAGUUCAAGAACCUCCGUACCACCUUCCAGCGUCAGUACAAAAUGGUGAAGGCGAGCAAGGGGUGUGGGUCAAAUGACGUGUUCGUGCCGCAGUGGAAGCACUACCAGCAGCUGAUGUUCCUGCAGGGCUGCUGGGACAUGGAAGACGGCGUUGACGUCCCACCGCUGUCCCCGCUGAUCGUUCCACAGGAGGAGAGCCAGCCUGUCCUAACCUCCCCAGGACUGAUCAUCUCCUUCCUCCCCACCCCAUCCACCUCCUCCCCUUCCUGCACGUCUCCCUGCAUCCCCUCCAACAUGGUGGUUAAAUGUUACUGGACUGAUGAGAGGGAGCGUGCACUGAUAGCUUUUUACUCCGAGCACAGCUGUCUGUGGAACAAGAAGUCUGAAAACCACAACAACCGUCAGCUCAGACUGAAGCUGCUAGAGACUCUGAGGAGCCAGCUGUCUGACCACACAGUGUCUUUCUCAGUUGAAGAUAUAAAGUGCAAGUUCAAGAACCUUCGGACAGUUUUUAACCGUGAAUACAAGGCGGUCCAGGCCAGCAGGGCGUCUGACAAACUCUACGUGUCCAAAUGGAAACACUACCAGCAGCUGCUCUUCCUCUGCGAGUGCUGCGAUGAAGAAGACGGCCAGGACGACCUGCUGAUACUGAUGCCACAGGAAGACAAGGAUCUGGAACAUGGAAACCAAACGCCUUCAUCCACUCUUAGCAGCUUCUCCUCCAACUCCACCCAAACCAACAGCCUGAAGUUCAGCAACACCUCCAAUCCCUCCAGCGCCUGUCAGAGCGACGCCAAAACCAGCACCAACACCGCAUACCAAAUCUUCCUCGCUGCUUCUCCAGAUAAUCUCAAACUAGUGAGCCACACAGCUCCUUCCACACUCCCCGCCUCUCCGUCCGGUUCACCACUGGACGCCAAACCUUGUACGAACCCCUCCCCUCUAACUUUCUCUGUGCUCGGCCCGGUUCUGACAGAGAGCAGACUGAUCAGUGACUCCCGCUGCCACUGGAAUGAGGCCAAAGUUCAGCAGCUCAUUUCAUUUUACUCCGAGCACAGUUGUCUGUGGAACCACAAGUCAGAGAGCUACAGGAACAGACUGUUGAGACAGAGUCUGUUGGAGACACUGAGCAGCCUGCUGUCCAGCAAUGAGCCAGUCCCAUUCACAGUGGAAGACAUAAAGACAAAGUUCAGAAACCUGCGAACCAUCUUCCAACGUGAACACAAGGCGGUGAGCGCCAACAAAACAUGCGGCUCAGAGGACUUUUACCUUCCAAAGUGGAGACACUACCGUGAGCUGAUGUUCCUCUGCGACUCCUGCGACGAGGACGACCAGCCUGACAACCUCCACUUCCACCAACCUCAGGAGUCCAACCUCCUCCACCUGGAGAGCCAAGCCCCUCCCUCCUCCCUACACUACCAAGCCUCCGCCGCCGCCGCCGCCACCUACCAAACUGCUACCAUCACAUCACACAGCCUCCAAGCCCCGCCCUCACCUACUCCCCCAGACUCCCAGCUAUCCUCCCCCUCCUCCUCACCCUCCACAUCAUCCUCUCACACUGACAGCAGAUUGUCGGGACGCAAGCGAGCGAGCCGCCGGCCGCCGCACACCACCAGCGAGGUGCUGGACUUCAUGAGGACGUUCUGUCAAAGCCAGAUGGUGUCGCCGCAUGCCGGGUUCCUGAAAUACGUGGAGGAGUGUCUGAAUGAGACGCCGCCUGACAAAGUGAAGAAACUGAAGAAGAAGAUAAUUGAGACAAUCCACAGCGUGUCAGAGGAGGCGUAGUGUUUCACAGUUUGUGGAGUGUGAGUCUUAUUCUUUUAGCUUUGGCCAUCAUACACUACCAGACAAAAGUUUGAACUUCCUCAUACCUUUGAGUGAGAAAGUGUGUCUAAACUUUUGUCAGGUACUGUAUAUUAACAUGAACAUAUUCGCUGUCAUCUCAUUUGAAGCUACAGUUACAGGCUUGUUUAUCAUUUUGCUUGAAGAGUAACUUACAGUGACACCUGGCUGAAAAGCAGUGUCUUACUGUCCUCUUUAGUUGAAGGACUUGAGUGUGAAACGUUGUGGUCAGUGUUUCACCACUGAACACAACAACCGUCACUGAUGGGUAGGGUUGGACGCAUGCGUCAUCGCACUUUCAUCCACACCCAACAGUGACGUAAACAGGCAGGGUCCUUUGCUUAGGCGUUGCGCACUAUAUGGAUUUUAUGCGUCAUCACUGAACUCAGUCAACUUCAACUGAGUCCGUGACCGAUAAAUUUUCAACUAAUGAAAUCAUACCACAGCUUUUGCAGGAAGACUACAGCAUGACGGAUUGUUAACAGUCAGACGGGUCACCAGGUUUAUGGAUAGACAGAUCAAAAGAGCAGCACUUUUCAGCUACCUGGUCCACAUAUGGUGACAUAAAUCUACGCCUUCACAUCUGGGGGUGCUCACAGCUUGUGCUGCUGCUCAUGUGUGGAGAGCCUAAUUACUAGAAACGAUGGAUAAUAAAACACAGGUUUAAACAAAACUAAAAGUCUGUAAAGGGCUGCACUGGUCAUUACGCAUCAGAAAAUGACAUUUUUGGAAAAAUGGGCUCGGCUGUUCAUUUAUAGGAUAACGUAGACUCAGUUAGUUAGGCUCAGCUCUACAUUAAAUAUGUUUCCAUCCACCAGUUUUUACUCGCAUUUUCAAUUUAAAAGAAAAAAACCUGAGUGGAAUCUCUGCAUAUUCAAAAACAACUUGAAAUAUUGUUAAAAAGUGUAAUGAUUGGCCGAGGUGAAGAGAUGAAAAACAGUGGCAGGUGAAAACAUCAGAUCAGUGCGGAGCAGUGAGUGCUCUCUUCUGCAGCACUACCAACUUUUUCUGGAUGAACCAGUCACUAAUAAUCUCAUAACAGCAGCAGAUUUUCUGGAAAUUCAAUUAAACUUUUGGAAACGGCAUCUUCAGUCUGAAUUUUGUACUCUGUCAGCCUCUGCUGGACUUUCAGCUUAAUGUAACAUUGCAAGUUAGUAAGUUUUAAGUUUCGUCAUGCAUUAGUGAUGCUAAUGUAACUGCUCACUAAUGCUACAUAGCAUGUGUGACAUUCGCAUUUACCAUUAUUUCACAAAUUUAAUUUUCAGAUUUCACCAAGAAAUCUAACAUUAGCAGGUUAGCAUGCUUCACUACAUUCUAACACAUCAACUUGCCAAAUGUAGCACCUUAAUGCUAACAAUAGCAUGCUAACAUACAUAAGGUUUGCAUCUGUCAUAAGAUUUAGAGGCAUCCUGUCAUGAAGUGUUUGACAAAUGGACAUUUUGAUCAUGUCAUUCUGGGCCAUGUUGAGCUAACUGACAUGGAGGUAUUUUUUGUGUUGGUAUUGUUGUUGCUAACACUUCAUGAGCUUUCACAAAACAACAACAACCAAAACACAUGAAAAAGAUUUGAGAAAAAGAAGAAAAUCAAACUUCAUCUCACUCCCCUGUCCUCAGCAUAGAGUUUUAUCUGACUGUGCUGUUUUAACACCUGAAUGAUGAGAUUCAUCUCAAAAUGACACAUUCACCAUUUCAAAUAAUUCAAAUAAAUUCAUUUUUUUAGAUGCUUUAAUAUCAAGGGUUACAGUUGCACUUUAGAAUGAAACUGCUCGUGUUAACCUGGUUGUUGGGUUGGAAAUUUUCAUGUUUACUAAUUUAAUGUUCAGAUUUCACCAAGAAAUCUAAAUAUUGAGCACUUUGUGUUCUUUAUAAGAAAGGUGUCUGUUCAGAGCCAUUUAACCACAACACAAGUCAGCUGUCACUGUUUAAGAAAGGCACGAGACUGUGUCUGUUUACAGCUGCUGUCCAGCUCAGGACAAUAUGUUGUCUACCAGCCUUCACUUUAAGUCCUCAGUGUCCAGUUUACUGGUGAAUUAGAGACUUAAUUUUAAUGCCAAUGUGACAGUAUGUUGUCCAAACUUAAAGAAUUCAUACGUAUAAAAAUAUUUUGCCACUUUUGUUUUCUGAAGUGCUAAAUGAAAAAGAAAGGACGGUCAAACAAAUGUUCUUGUUGGUAAUUUACCUCUACCAUGUGUUUUUGCUUUAGUACUGCACUGUCAGCAAGAAGUGAUGACAGUCAGAUAAUGUAAAAAUGUGUCUACAGUUUAUGAAAUAUCCCUUUAAAUUAUUCAACAGGUAAUCAAAUGUUUGUUUUCAUUAUUUAACAUGUGAUGCUGUUAAAGGGCAAUUACAACAUUUAAAUACUAAAUAUCAGUCUGAAAAUGUUACAUUUAACCUUUUGUAUGAUUUCAUAGUUGUCAUCUUUUAAAAAAUCUAUGCAUGUAAAGAGUUCUAAAUUAUGUUGUAAAAUGUUAAACAUUUAAGUUUUAAAUUGAAUCUUUUGAAGCAAUAACGGUUCAUUUGGAGCACCAGCUAUGAUUGACAGGGUUUUUAAAAUGUUUUCAGAAUUGCACAUUUAUAUAAGAAUGAUUUAUAUCUUUUUGUUUGCACUUGUUUGUUUAAAUUUGACUGGGUGCCUUAUCAGAAUCACAGUAACUGCAUUUCCAGUAAAUGUGCAGGAAGUUGUCUUCCCAACUUCAAACUUAUAUAUUGUUAAAUUGAAUGUACAUUGUGAACAUAAAAUAUAUGUAAAAUGUACAUAUAAACAUAUGGACCGGCGUAAA